AUGGAUGCCUACAUCCAGCGGUCUUUGAACGACAAGCUUUACGACAAGCGGAAGGUCGGCGCUCUCGAGCUCGAGAAGGUCAUCCGAGAUCUCGUGGCAUCGAAAGACUACCAACGGGUAUACGACAUCCUCGAGCAGCUCUACAAUGAUUUUGCCUAUGCAGUCCACCAACCACAUGCUCGCAAUGGAGGCCUCAUCGGUCUCGCCGCCGCCGCCAUUGCCCUGGGUCCGGAACUGCCACGAUAUCUGGCAAGGAUCGUGCCGCCCGUUCUUGCCUGCUUCACCGACCAAGAUGCCAGAGUGAGGUACUAUGCCUGCGAGGCCAUGUACAAUAUUGCCAAGGUCGCCAAGGGUGAAAUAUUGGUAUAUUUUAACAACAUCUUUGAUCAACUCUGCCGGCUCGGGGCGGAUUCGGAACUUUCGGUGAAGAACGGAGCUGAGCUGCUUGACCGACUCAUAAAAGACAUUGUAUCGGAAUCAGCCUCAUCUUACGUCUCUAUCCUGGAAGGCCCCGUCCCUGCCGAGGACAAUGAAGAAGGUGACCAGGAGGAUCAAGACGCUCCUCUACCCACCGCCUUCUCUCUGCCCAGGUUUCUCCCGCUUCUCAAGGAACGUAUUUGGGUCAUCAACCCCUUCACUCGGCAGUUCCUCGUCGGCUGGAUCACUUUGUUGGACUCCAUACCUGACCUUCAAUUUGUCACCUAUUUGCCGGAAUUCUUGGGCGGCUUGCUCAAAUUUCUCAGUGACCAGAACGCCGAUGUUCGAACCGCCACACACGCAUGCCUUGACAAAUUCCUAAACGAAAUAAAACGAAUCUCUCAGAUAAAAAAAGGUCCUGUGGACAGCAGAAAAUCCCACGGAGAAGGAAACAGGCAGCACAACGAGUCUACCAACACCGAGAGCGAGCAGGGUGCUCUAGAAGAGGGAGAGGAGUUGGAGUUCGAUGGCUCGAAUGCGAAUGUCGAAGACAGUGAAGAGGACGACUGGAUGCCAGGUCAUGAUGUGGAGGUCAACUACAGGGAAAUCCUAGAAAUCCUGACGGCGACUUUGGAUUCUCCCCUAGAGGAGGACUGCUUGUUGGAAUCUCUGCGGUGGAUAGUCGAGUUUCUCGACAUUUGCCCGGAAGAAGUGCUUCCUUCGACGCCAAAAAUCUUGGCCCACAUGUUGCCUGCCAUGGCCAGCGGCAAAGAAACCAUUCACCGGGCGGCAACGAGGGUGAACAAUUGUCUCAUGGACUACAUCGUGUCCCUGUCGGACGAGUCAGGAAUCAACAACCCUCAUGCACCCCAAGCGCAGUACUCCGUCGGCUUACGCCUAGCCUUUUCAAGCGACAGAGCCGAUGAACCCAGCAGGGCAUCUUUAUCGAGCUCGCGCGAUCAGGAUGCGCAGAGUCCAACACCAAAGAAUGACCCGUCAGUCUCAUCUGCCGCCGAUGCUAUCUCCUUUCAUGGCGACCUUGACUAUGCUGCCGCCGUCAACUCGCUCACUCUUCUCUUCCUUAACGACCACGAGGCAACCCGAGUUGCCGCACUGACGUGGCUCAUCAUGCUGCACAGGAAGGCUCCCCGCAAAGUUAUCGCCUUCAACGACGGUACCUUUCCGGCGCUUCUGAAGACUCUGUCCGACCCGUCGGAUGCCGUGGUGAAAAAAGAUCUUCAGCUACUGUCGCAAAUUUCCCGAAACAGCGAGGAUGACUAUUUUGCAAACUUCAUGGUGAACCUCCUACAACUCUUCUCGACGGACCGUAAGCUGCUGGAAACGCGAGGGAACCUCAUAAUACGCCAACUAUGCACGAGCCUCAACCCCGAGCGGAUUUAUCGCACAUUGGCCGACUGCAUCGAGAAGGAAGAAGACGUGGAGUUUGCCAGCAUCAUGGUGCAAAAUCUCAACAACAAUCUUAUCACCGCGCCCCAAUUAGGGGAGGUGCGAAAGAGGUUGCGGAAUCUGGAGACCAGGGAUGGCCAGACUCUUUUCGUGGCCUUGUUCAGGUCUUGGUGCUACAACGCUGUAGCCACCUUUUCGUUGUGUUUGCUCGCGCAGGCCUACGAACAAGCAUAUCAUUUGCUGCAGAUUUUCGGCGAACUGGACAUGACAGUCGACCUCUUGAUUCAGGUUGAUAAAUUGGUCCAGCUCAUCGAAUCCCCCGUCUUCACCUACCUGAGGCUUCAGCUGUUGGAGCCGGAGAAAUACCCCUACUUGUACAAGUGCAUGUACGGGAUCUUGAUGUUGCUGCCGCAAUCGUCGGCGUUUGCGGCACUGAAGAACCGGCUGAACAGUGUUAGCUCCAUCGGCUAUCUUCACGUUGCACCCAAAGCGACCAUGGCGUCGACCAGCAUGUCCAGCUAUGAUAGGCCAAAUCGACUGAAAGGCCGAGAAGACGGCAUCAUCCGUUGGGUGGAGCUGUUGGAGAAGUUUCGCAGCGUUCAAGAGAGGGCGAGAAGAACACAGCGACACAAGCUGGACAGCGACGAAAUACCCAUGGCUGGCGACCUGCGAACGGGCGAUGGCGCAUCGGAGGUGAAGGGAAAGGACGGCAAGGGAUCGGGCGCAGGACCGCCGCCGGUGCCUCAGAAGGAUGUCGCACCGGUCGUUCCGAUACAGUCGGCGAAGAAGUCCGGCCUGGGCAGGCAGUUUGGGAGGCUCGGGGGGGCCGUGUCCGGGAAGAGCCGGCGAAAUCAGUGA